GUAAACAACAGCUGCCACGCUGGAAAUUAAAGGUCCUGAUCUCACUCGGUUUGGAUGGCAACACAGCUUCCACACGCUGGUGGCUUUUCAACAAUAGUGGCAAAAUCUGUUAACAGAUAGGGAAAGCGAGGAGGCAGAGGAAGGUGGAGGCUGGAUUGUUCAAAGCAAACAUGCCUGCAGAAGCAAGUAUCUUGAUCAUCAAAGGUGUGCGAGGAGCAGAAGUGCGAAGAAGAGGUCUUCCCCUUGGCCAUGAAUUACGUGGAUCGCUACCUGUCAUCAGUCCCCAUGCGGAAAAAUCACUUGCAGCUUCUGGGAGCAGUCUGCAUGCUCCUGGCUUCCAAGCUGCGAGAAACCAUGCCCCUGACCGUGGAGAAACUCUGCAUUUACACAGACAACUCCAUCACGCCUCAGCAGCUCCUGGACUGGGAGAUUCUCGUCCUGGAGAAGCUAAAGUGGGACCUGGUCUCAGUGAUAGCAAAUGAUUUCUUGGCUCACAUCCUCCAUCACCUCCCGCUGCCUAAGGACAAGAUGGAGCUGGUGAAGAAGCAUGCACAGACCUUUAUCGCCCUGUGUGCCACAGACUACACUUUCGCCAUGUACCCCCCCUCCAUGAUCGCGACGGGCAGCAUCGGAGCGGCGAUCCACGGCCUGACAGUCUCCGUGAACGAUUUCACCGGCGAGGCCAUCACUGAGGUGCUGGCCAGCAUCACCGGCACGGAGGUGGACUGCCUGAAAGCCUGUCAGGAGCAGAUUGAGGCAGCCUUAGCCGAGGGCCUGAAACAGGCAUCUCAAACCCAACGGGAAUACAGGGCCACCAAGACUGCUGCUUACCCGGCCAACCAGCCCACCAGCACGCCUACAGACGUCACGGAUGUCAACCUGUGACCAGCCUCCCCUUCCCGAGAGCCGCCCAGCCCCGCCGCAGCAGGACCUCGCCCUGGACACCCCAAAGGUCGCUGCAUCCCCCCUCCCCUACCCAUCCAACGCCUGCUGAGGAUUUGUUCCGCUCGCUGGGAGCGUGAAGCAAGAUCCAAGCUCGUCUGUCGGGGCUCGACGCUGCGCGUCAGCUUCUGCUGGUGGCAGGGGUGAAGCGACCGUUUUCGUGGUGCCAGGGCACAAGAAUCGCUGGGGAGGGGGAGCAGGACCCAAAAUGAAGUUGUAAAAUGUUUCUCAGUUUGUGUUCCUCGUAGCCCGCCUGGCUGCUGUUCGCUCUCUCUCCUCAGGGUGGGUGUUUACUGUGACAAUUUCCAGCCCCGCACGGGCCACCAGCUGCGGGUAGCGAGGCCCUUACCCUGCCUACGUGACCAAAAUCCUUAUAACCCAGCGGGGGGGGCGACUGGCCCCGGGCUCACGAGGGAGACCCCGCUGUCCGGGAGGAGGGGGCAGGUGCUUGUCAGCCCCUUGGUCCCAAUUGCUUCGUGCCAGAUUGCUGGGGCUCCUGGGGGGGUGGCGUGGCUGCUUCUGCUUGGAGGGGAAUCGUGUGGCUUGGUUCUUGUUGCCAUUAGAUUUGGGAUUUGUGGGGUUUUGCCUUGCUUGGGGUCGGGGUGGGGGAACACGUGCUCCCUGUCUGCGCGGACAGCAAGUCCUCGUCUCGGGGAGCCACCUCCUGGGUGAGGUUUGGGCACAAUCCACUUAAGUUUUCCACUGCCCCACGGAGGCUGCUUAAUUUAUUGUUAAUUGCUGGAAAAUGAGGAGGACUUCGCAGUUCCUUGGUGUGGGGCCUGGACGCUGGUCUCUCCUGAAAGAGUGCCUUCCCCCUUCGUCCCCUUCCCCUGCUCCCUGGGCAAUGGGAGACUCACUUGGAAGCUGGUUGUUGUGGGUUGGUUUUUUUUUAGGUAGCUUAGACAUCAGACUAGGUUUUAAGAAAUCCAUUCGAAUGUGCUGCUAUAGUCUGAAAUGCAUCUUCACUCCUCUAAGGGCGGGAUCGCAGCCGGACGGGGCUGCCUUGCCUGUGUCCACGUGGGUCCCACUUGUUUCCUUCUAGGGUGGAAAAUCUGCUGCGCACUUGAGUUGAAAAAGCGAUUAUUGCAUUUUUUUUGUAUUGUUGUUGUUGAUCCUGUCUGUUAGUUUUUAUAAAAAGUGUUUAAAAAAAAAAUAAUGCUGCUUUUCUAAGAGAAAACCAUUAAAUAGUGUAAUUGUAUUAACCAGAAGAAGCCAGACUCUGCAGGGAUGGGAGGCAGACUGUUGCUGCUUGGUGACCUCCAGACACAUGGAUCUGUGGCUGCUGUCCUCCUGUGGGGGACGUGGAAAAGGAGGUAGAAAUCUUCUUUUUUGGGUGCCACUAGAAACAAAAGUCUUAUCAGGUAGAAAAAGAUGGGGCUGCUGCUCUUCCACUAGCCUGAUUUGUCAAGAAGAGCCAUUUGCCGCUGACUCCUGCUAGCAGGAGGGCUGGGGGGUGGGUGGGGUGCAGAGCCUGUCUGUACAAAAUGAAAAAUUUUUUUUUUUUAUAUAUAUAAAUGACUUUUAAUUUAAGAGUAAACUGGUUUUGGUGUUCACAUGCGUGAGUCUCGCUGCUGGGAGAAUCAGAGAACCGUAUGAUGUUGCAAUAAAGUAUUUUAAAACGA